AUGACCACUCGCCGAGCUGCUCGCCGUACCUCAGGAGGGGCUACUCCUCCACCCCAGCAGCCGGCUACUACUGUCAACACCAACUCCACUGUCACGGAGGAUGAUAUCAGCAAAGAGCUCAAAGCUGCGUCCCUGAGACGCACCGCGGAGAUGAUCGCCAAGGUCGCUAUGGAGAACGGUGACACGCCAACUGAAGCCCGUCGGGCCAACAGUGCCACUUCUUCUACACCCAAGACAUCUCCCACCAAGAUCACCAUCAAGAAUCCAUCUCAUGUCACGAAUGGCUUCACUCAGCCAAGCGAAACUGUUGCAAAGUCAUCCUCUUCUUCUCCAGCUGCCCAUGCAUUCACCUCUGAACCAGCUGUAGCCAUUCUCUCGAAAUCAACUGGUGGCCUGAAGAUCAAGCUCACGAACAAGAUGCCCACUCCACCAGAGUACGAUGACGAAGGCCAGGACAUCAAGGCAGCUAAUCCAUCUACCCCUACUCCUUUCUCUCUUUCCCAGUCAGUUCCUCAAUUCGUCAAGCCUGUGUCUUCUUCCAACAAGGGUAUCAAGGGCGAGGACGGCACGGAAGCACCCAGUACGCAAAAGACGAUGUCUGAUGCACCGAACACUCCCCCUUCAUCACAAUUUGUUUCACCCCCCGAUGAUGAACCUAUCGCUUCAAGUGGCAAGCGAAAGCGAGGAGAGCAGGACGACGCAACCACAGUCGAGCCACCAAAGAAGCGUGGCAGGAAGCCCAAGGCCCAAGAUGUGGCCGCUAUUCAGGAGCCCCAUAAUCAAGAAACCCUCCUGGCCACUCCAAAGCAGACAGAGAAGGUUGUGGGUGCAGAGACACUAGCUCAGCUGUCUCCUGACCCUACCGGCAAGCGGAAGAGACUCGCAAAGAAGCUGGUCGGCAAUGUUAGCCUUGAGACUGAGCUGGACCCAGCAGUGGCAAAGAAGCUCACCACUAUGGAGCAGCAGAUUGCUCAAGCUAUCAUCAAGGGCAUGUCCUCAAAAUCGCUCUCAAGCGGAAGAGAGACGAGACAAAGAGCCGCAAGGACAUCGACUGGCCACGUCCAGGCUCAACCUGAGGAGAAAAAUCAGGUUGCUAAGAAGGCAGCCUCGCCAAUGCCUAUCUCUACCCCUACUCCCGCUCCUGCAACUCAGAAUGCCCCUAUAUUGUCCGCAAAAACAAGAGGCAAACAGAGAGCCCAAACUCCUGUUCCCUCAACUCAGGAAGCUCCUACAUUAUCCGAGAAGGCGAAAGGCAAACGAAAGGCCGAAGAACCACCUGCUGAGGUCGCAGCACCGCCUAAGAAGCGUGGCAGACCGGCAAAGAAGACAACUGUCACACCAAGUGCCAGAAAAUCUGAAAACCUGGAGAUUGAGGCCGGCCCUUCCCAACCCGCCAAAGAGACAACUGCAACUGCGAAAUCUUCCCAAAAGACAGCAGAAAAGCCCACAGCCACAAGACCGAAGAGACGAUCGCGCGCCGCAAAGACCCCAGAGCCCGAGUUUCGUGACCUCUUUGUCGACGAUCCCCUUCGUAUCCCCAGGCCUCCUCCCCGUAUCUCUUCACCAAACCCAUACGACCCUAUGCCGAGGAAAUAUAACGGCAUCUUCAGUGCUUCGCAGCAGUAUGCCAAUUCAUGGGAAGAGUCUUCCUUCGCAGAUAUUGAUCCGAACACUCUAAAUUGUCCCACCUUUGGCUCAUUCACGACGCCAGUCCCAUUCGACUCAUCCCCCUUCCCCACACCCUCAGACCUGCAAUGGGAUGGGGAGCCGAUGGAGAUAGACACGAUCCUCGGCCCGUGCAGAUGUGACCUCUGCAAACGCACCCUAGAGAAUGUCAAGUCGCUCCGCCACGGCACGCGCUACUUCUUCUCCUACGCGAGCAACAUCCACCCCAGCGACGCCACCGAGGAGGCCGGCGCCGUGCCCGUCGCCAUCGGCAAGAUCAGCAACCACCGCUUCCUCAUCUGCGGCAACCCCCUACCCGGCACCGCGCCGCCCAAGAAGAGUCCCGCCUCCGGCCUGCCCACCAUCGCCCCCUCCCCCGGCGACGCCGUCUACGGCAUGCUGUACGAGUGCCCCUCGCACGACAGCCUCGUCGCGAUGGCCGCGCUCGCCGGCCGCGGCGAGCACGACUUCCACAAGGCCAAGGUCAGCGUCGAGCUGCAGGCGCACGUCAACCGCCGCCACCCCGUGCGCGCCGGCCACCCGGGCACGCAGGCCCUGCGCACGGUGGGCCGCGUCGACGCCCUCGUGAUGCGCGCCCCGGACGACAGGUACCACAUGCCCGCGCGGCCGGAGCAGGACGCCGUGGCCCCGCCGCCCAAGAACACGAAGGAGGACAAGAAGAAGGCGGACGAGGACGUCACGGAGACGGGGCGCCCGCGCCGCCGAGGCCGCCCGAAACAGCUGCCGCCGCCGCCGCCACAGAAGACCAAGCCUGCCCCCGCCCCUGAGCCGGAGCCGGAGCAGGGACAGCAGGAGGUCGUUGAGCUUCCACAGGGGGAAGUUGCUCCUCUGGUGGAGGGCUACGCGGAGGUGAUGAACGGCGCUCUCGCCGAGGCGACGCUCACGGGUGGUUGGUUCCCGGACGAGUACAUGAAGAAGGUGAUUAGGAAGUGGAUUCCAGCACCACAAGAGCGUGUCUAG